AUGACCACGCUAUCUAAGGGUGAGUUCGUGUUUUUGGGCGAGAAGAGGCAGUUGCUCCUUCUCGAGAAGGACACAGACCGGGGCCCACACAUUAUCUAUGGUGGUGAACUUCUCGCCUUUGCGUGCAGUGACGAUGAAACUGUCAUGGCGUUGGCGCUUCCACCACAACCGGGGGCAAAUGCCUGCGUGGUGCGUCUAUACGGCUUUAAGGACAAUGAGCUCGGAGAUGCCUUGGGUGAACUGACGAGCCCCAAUGUGACGCAGCUGCUCUGGGCAGGGCCGCGCCAUCUCGUCGUGUGCGGUCCUUCUGGAUGCACCAUAUACACGUGGAAUAAGGAAAAACUGAAAUUUUUUGUAAGGGACGCGGCAAUAAUUUCUUUCAUGCAGGCGGAUCGAGUUGCGUUGUACUACGAAACAUCACAAACACUGCAGUAUUGGAACCUGGACACAAACCGGAUGAUGGACUCUGUCAAGUUGUCCUUGCGGGGCCAUCGUUUAGUCUCUGUUUUUGGUGCCGGCUACUUUGGUUUUGCGCUCUACGAAGACGGGACUGUGCAGGUAUUCUACGUCACGAAGUCAAACAUAAAGAAGCUUGAAUUGUUUGAUCGACUCCUUCCUGUAGCUGCGGUGGAAAGCACUACAUAUGGGGCGCCACCCCUUCUAGUAGCCUGCGCGAUUUCUUCCCGCCGAGUACUCCUGGGGCUGCGCGGCGACAGCCGAGUUCACAGAAUGGAGUACAAGAACGAGCGACUGGUGGUGAACAGCAUGCAGGAGAACCUUCCGCCGCUGCACGCACUCAUGGCGCUCUCCCGCGAUGGUCAGCGCUGCCUGGCGUUCAACACAAGUACGUGUCGGUACCACGAACUGAAGCUGUCCCUUGGAACAGCAAAAACAACUGGGAAUGAGGCCAAGGAGCGACAGAAGGUAACUGCCCCCAACGCCGACGUGGAUGACGAAAAAUCGGAAAAGGGGCGCGUAGCGGGGACGCGUAAGGAAGAGCGGCGACGCGCAGCGGCGACUGUUGUCGGGGACGCCGCGGAGAUGAAGACGACGGACCCGACAAGGCGGACGGCUCGUAACGGCACAACGGGCGGGACCGAAACACCUACUAACAACGGCGACAUCAAGGGAUCAACGCUCGCUUUUGCUGGGGCUGCUCUAGUAGUAAUUGCCGUGCUUGCGCUACGCAUCCUGUCACGCUGA